GGAAACCUAAACACACACACACACACACACACACACAAACAAAGGCAGUUUGUGGAUCACUUUUGGACUCCCAAGUGAUGGACCCCUGGCUUUAGAUGACAUACAAAAUGGACGUAAUAAUCGCUUCGAAAACGCUGCUGAGCGAGGGGAACGUUGCCAUGACGCCUGCUCCUCCGGGGUCACAGCAAGGAGGACCAGAUGGAGGUCUCACACACUUCCUCUCUGUCCCAAAACGCUCUCGACAGAAGGACUCGGCCUCUCGGGAGCCACCGUGGCAAAUCUUUACAUCGCACUCAGGUGUGCAGACCUCAUCUCCACCUGGAGCCACCACUCUGACCAGACACAUCCAAAGAAUCAACGAGAGAAAAGCUGCUCCUACAAAACCUCCUGAGAGGAUCUUCUCCACCAGCGUGAAGCCCACAGUGGUCCACUUUGGCACCGAAGACCUGGAGGAGGAGAUCGAGGCAAAACUGGAGAAACGAGUGUGGGGGAAAGGGAAGGAGGAUGAUCUGACCAAGUUAGAAUGCCCUCCCCUGGGUUUGGAGAGUUUGAGAGUUAAAGAUGCCCAGCUGCAGGCGUCAUCAUAUAAACGCCGUGGUCUGGGACCCCAUCGUGGCCGACUGAACAUCCAGUCUGGUAUUGAGGAUGGGGAUAUUUAUGAUGGAGCUUGGUGUGCACUACAUGAGGACAAGAAACAGUGGCUUCAGGUGGACGCUUUGGGAGCCACUCGCUUCACAGGGGUCAUCAUACAGGGCCGCAGUUCCAUCUGGAGCUGGAAUUGGGUUGAAACUUUCAAGGUGCAGUUCAGUAACGACUCCAUUAGCUGGAAGCCGUGCAUGAACGGGACUCGAGAAGCGGUGUUUGAGGGGAAUCAGGACACAGACACUGCAGUGCUGGCCGUGUUCCCCGAUUCUGUAGUGGCCCGGUUUAUACGAAUCAACCCGCAAACCUGGUUUACAAACGGAACCAUCUGCUUACGUGCAGAAGUGCUGGGCUGCACGAUCCCAGACCCAAAUAACCUUCACCGAUGGUCAGUGGAAGAAGGUGCACAGUACAAACUGGACUUCAGACAUCACAAUUACAAGGAAAUGAGGAAGCUAAUGAGGUCAGUGAAUGAGGCUUGUCCGGACAUCACGCGUAUCUACAGCAUCGGGAAGAGCUUCAUGGGUCUGAAACUGUACGUGAUGGAGAUAUCUGAUAACCCGGGCCAACACGAGCUGGGUGAGCCAGAGUUCCGCUACGUGGCAGGGAUGCACGGGAACGAGGUUCUGGGGCGAGAGCUGCUGCUGAACCUGAUGCAGUACAUCUGUCACGAAUACAAACAAGGCAACCAGCGCAUAGUCCAUCUGGUUAAAGAGACUCGCAUCCAUCUGCUGCCCUCCAUGAACCCAGACGGCUAUGAGAUGGCUUACAAGAAGGGAUCCGAGCUCGGUGGUUGGGCUCUGGGUCGUUUCAGCUACAAAGGUUACGACAUGAACAACAACUUUGCCAACCUGAACUCGGAGAUGUGGGACGCCAUGGAGCUGGAGACGGACAAGUCGAAGCUCAUUAACCAUCACAUCCCUAUUCCCAAACAGUACACAUCGAAGGAUGCUUUGGUGGCGCCAGAGACCCGCUUGGUGAUCACCUGGAUGCAGUCCAUACCCUUUGUCCUGAGUGCCAACCUGCAUGGUGGUGAGCUGGUGGUCACGUACCCGUUCGACAUGGCCCGGGACUGGGCCCCCCGGGAACACACUCCCACCCCGGACGACAGCUUCUUCCGCUGGCUCGCCACCGUCUACGCCAGCACCAACCACGUCAUGUCUAAUCCGAACCGCCGGCCAUGCCACAACAAGGACUUUACACGGCAAAACAACAUCAUCAACGGAGCCAACUGGCACACGGUGCCUGGUAGCAUGAACGAUUUCAGCUACCUGCACACGAACUGUUUCGAGGUGACGGUUGAACUGUCUUGUGAUAAAUUCCCUCACGCCAGCGAGCUGCCCAAAGAGUGGGAGAACAACCGAGAGUCGCUGCUGGUCUACAUGGAACAGGUCCACCGAGGCGUUAGAGGAGUCAUAAAGGAUAAAGACACAAAGGCUGGAAUUGCGGACGCCAUCAUUAAAGUGGACGACAUCGAUCAUCACAUAAGAUCAGCAUCUGACGGCGAUUACUGGCGCCUGCUUAACCCGGGUGACUACAAGGUUACGGUGAUGGCGGAGGGAUACAUUCCGGUUACACGCUCCUGCAGGGUGGAAUACGAGCACUACCCCACCAUCUGUGACUUCCGAUUAUCCAAAACACCCAAGCAGAGGCUGCGUGAAAUCCUCAACAAGCGAGGAAAGAUCCCCAAAAAACUGCAGCACCGACUGCGCCAGCUGCGUCUGCGCAAACCAGGGGCCGGUAACCAACGACGGACUUUGCGUGCGGUUAACAAAACAUUUUGAACUUUGGCCUGCUUUUUAAUUAUACACUUGUGUGUAUAAUGAAUCUCACUUACAUUCCCUGUAAUGACGGAUUCUGUGUUUCUAAACAGUACAUUAUUAAUCACAAGAUCUUACCUCAUUGUUUCAGUCUGGAACUUAUGUUUUUUUAUGAUGCCAGUAUUAAAGUUUGAGUGCUCAUUGUGCAUUA